AUUUUUUUUGCGUCGGAGGAGCUGCGUUGAUGUUCACCGCUUUUUUGUAAAAUGGAGAACGAGAUCUUCACACCCCUUCUGGAGCAGUUCAUGUCGAGCCCUCUUGUCACCUGGGUUAAGACAUUCGGACCGUUAGCCGGAGGAAAUGGGACCAACCUGGAGGAAUAUGUGGCGCUGGUGGAUGGAGUGUAUCUGAACGAAGUCAUGCUGCAAAUCAAUCCAAAGUCUGCCAAUCAGAGGAUAAACAAAAAAGUCAACAAUGAUGCCUCGUUAAGGAUUCAAAAUUUGUCUAUUUUGGUGAAACAAAUCAAAACUUACUAUCAGGAGAACUUGCAGCAGCUCAUCAUGAUGUCUUUGCCAAACGUGUUAAUAAUUGGCAAAAAUCCCUUUUCUGAGCCAGGUACUGAAGAAGUAAAAAAGCUCCUUCUGCUUAUACUUGGUUGUGCAGUUCAGUGUCAGAAAAAAGAAGAAUUUAUUGAGAGAAUCCAAGGCCUGGAUUUUGACACCAGAGCAGCUGUUGCAGCCCAUAUUCAGGAGGUGACUCACAACCAGGAGAACGUGUUUGAUCUGCAGUGGAUGGAUGUCAUUGUGCUGACACAGGAGUAUGUGGAACCUCUCUUGAAAAACAUGGCACUGCAUUUGAAAAGACUUAUAGAUGAGAGAGAUGAGCACUCAGAGACCAUCAUUGAGCUGUCGGAGGAGCGGGACUGUCUCCGUUUCCUACCUCACGCGUCGGCGGCGCAGUCCCCGUGCGGCUCCCCCGGCAUGAAGCGCACGGAGAGCCGGCAGCACCUCUCCGUGGAGCUGGCAGACGCUAAAGCCAAGAUCAGGAGGCUCAGGCAGGAGCUGGAGGAAAAGACUGAGCAGCUGCUUGACUGUAAACAAGAACUUGAACAGAUGGAAGCUGAACUGAAGAGACUUCAGCAAGAGAACAUGAACCUGCUGUCGGACGCCCGCUCCGCCAGGGUGUACCGGGACGAGCUGGACGCGCUGCGGGAGAAGGCGAUCCGGGUGGACAAGCUGGAGAGCGAGGUCGGCCGCUACAAGGAGAGGCUCCACGACAUCGAGUUCUACAAAGCCAGAGUGGAGGAGUUAAAGGAAGACAAUCAAGUGCUGCUGGAAACAAAGACAAUGUUGGAAGAUCAGUUGGAGGGGACUCGAGCUCGUUCAGACAAACUGCACGAGUUAGAGAAGGAGAAUCUGCAAUUAAAAGCUAAAUUGCAUGAUAUGGAGAUGGAGCGUGACAUGGACAGAAAGAAGAUUGAGGAGCUCAUGGAGGAGAAUAUGACCCUGGAGAUGGCUCAGAAACAAAGCAUGGAUGAGUCUUUGCAUCUUGGCUGGGAACUGGAACAGAUCAACAGGACUACUGAACUCUCUGAAGUGCCCCAGAAAUCACUGGGCCAUGAGGUGAACGAGCUGACAUCCAGCAGGUUGCUGAAGCUGGAGAUGGAAAACCAAAGUUUGCUGAAGACAGUGGAAGAACUGCAGAGCACCGUGGGUUCUGUGGAGGGCAGCAGUUCCAGGAUCCUGAAAAUGGAGAAGGAAAACCAAAGACUUAGCAAAAAGCUGGAAGAGCUGGAGAAUGAAAUGAGCCAAGAGAAACAAAGUCUUCAGAACAGUCAAAAUCUGAGCAAGGAUUUGAUGAAAGAGAAAGCACAGCUUGAAAAGACACUGGAAGCACUUAAAGAAAACUCCGAGCGACAAAUUAAACUGUUAGAACAAGAAAAUGAGCACUUGAAUCAAACCGUGGCCUCUCUCAGGCAACGCUCACAGAUCAGCGCCGAGGCAAGAAUGAAGGAGAUUGAAAAGGAAAACAAAAUCCUUCACGAGUCCAUUAAAGAGACCAGCAGUAAGUUAAACAAGAUGGAGUUUGAGAAAAAACAAGUCAGGAAAGAACUGGAACACUACAAAGAGAAAGGGGAGAGGGCAGAGGAGCUGGAGAACGAGCUGCAUCGGCUGGAGAAGGAGAACGAGCUGCUACAGAAAAAAAUCACUAAUCUGAAAAUCACCUGUGAGAAGAUCGAGGCCUUGGAACAGGAGAACUCAGACCUGGAGACGGAGAACAGAAAGCUGAAAAAAACCUUGGACAGCCUAAAAAACCUCACUUUCCAGCUGGAGUCCUUGGAAAAGGAGAACGCGCAGCUCGACGAGGAAAACUUGGAGCUGAGGAGGACAAUUGAAUCCUUGAAGUGUACAAGCAUGAAAGUGGCACAGCUACAGUUGGAAAAUAAAGAGCUGGAGAGUGAAAAGGAGCAGCUCAAAAAGAGCCUUGAGCUCAUGAAAGCCUCUUUUAAGAAGACUGAACGCUUGGAGGUCAGCUACCAAGGGCUGGACACGGAAAACCAAAGGCUCCAGAAGGCCCUGGAAAACAGCAAUAAGAAGAUUCAGCAAUUAGAAAGCGAGCUCCAGGAUUUAGAGUCUGAGAAUCAGACCCUGCAGAAGAACUUGGAAGAGUUAAAAAUCUCUAGUAAGCGCCUGGAGCAGUUGGAGAAGGAGAACAAGUUGUUAGAGCAAGAGACUUCUCAACUGGAGAAGGAUAAGAAACAGCUAGAAAAGGAAAAUAAAAGGCUUAGACAGCAGGCAGAGAUUAAAGAUAGUACUUUAGAGGAGAACAAUGUCAAGAUUAGUAACCUGGAAAGGGAGAAUAAAUCUCUGUUCAAGGAAAUCGUGGUGUACAAAGAGUCCUGUCUGCGCCUGAAAGAACUGGAGAAGGAAAAUAAGGAACUGGUGAAAAGAGCAACCAUUGAUAAGAAAACCCUGGUCACCUUGAGAGAGGACCUGGUGAAUGAAAAACUGAAGACUCAACAGAUGAACAACGAUCUGGAGAAACUUGCCCACGAGCUGGAGAAAAUCGGCCUGAACAAGGAGCGGCUCCUGGAGGACGAGCAGAGCAGUGAUGACAGUAGGUACAAGCUCCUGGAGUCCAAACUGGAAUCCACGCUCAAGAAGUCUCUGGAAAUCAAAGAAGAGAAAAUCGCUGCUUUGGAGGCUCGUUUGGAAGAGUCCACAAAUCUCAACCAGCAGCUGCGUCAGGAGCUGAAAACAGUGAAAAAGAACUACGAAGCUCUCAAGCAAAGACAAGAAGAGGAGAGGAUGGUUCAGAAUUCCCCGCCGAGAAGCGGAGAAGAAAAUCAGUCCGUCAGCAAGUGGGAGAAGGAAAAUCAGGAAACGACCAGAGAAUUGCUGAAAGUUAAAGACAGACUAAUUGAAGUGGAGAGGAAUAACGCGACGCUGCAGGCGGAGAAGCAGGCGCUGAAGACGCAGCUGAAGCAGCUCGAGACUCAGAACAACAACCUGCAGGCCCAGAUCCUGGCCCUGCAGAGACAGAGUGUGUCCCUGCAGGAGCAGAACACCACCCUGCAGACUCAGAAUGCCAAGCUCCAGGUGGAAAACUCCACCCUGAACUCCCAGAGCACGUCCCUGAUGAACCAGAACGCCCAGCUGCUCAUCCAGCAGUCGGCCCUGGAGAACGAGAACGAGGGCGUGCUCAAGGACAGGGAGGACCUCAAGGGCCUGUACGAGGCCCUGCUGAAGGACCACGAGAAGCUGGAGCAGCUGCACGAGCGCCAGGCGGCCGAGUACGAGUCGCUCAUCGCCAAGCACGGCAGCCUCAAGGCCGCCCACAAGAACCUGGAGGUGGAGCACAAGGACCUGGAGGACAGGUACAAUCAGCUGCUGAAACAGAAGGUGCAACUGGAAGAGCUGGAGAAAGUUCUCAAGGCAGAACAGGAGAAGAUGCUGCAGCAAAGUGAAAAGCACGAAACGGUGGCGGCAGAAUAUAAAAAACUUCGCGAUGAGAACGAAAGACUCACUCACACCUACAGUCAGCUGGUGAGGGAGAAUGAGGUUCUCCAGACUGACCACAAGAACCUGAAAACGCUGUUGAACAAUUCCAAACUGGAGCAAACGCGGUUGGAAGCGGAGUUUUCCAAGCUCAAAGAACAGUACCAGCAACUGGAUAUUACGUCGACAAAGCUGAAUAAUCAGUGUGAGCUGCUUAGCCAGCUCAAAGGGAACCUGGAGGAGGAGAACAGGCAUCUGCUGGAUCAAAUUCAGACUUUAAUGCUGCAAAAUAGGACAUUACUGGAGCAGAACAUGGAAAGCAAGGAUCUCUUCCAUGUGGAGCAAAGGCAGUACAUUGACAAGCUCAAUGAGCUGAGGCGGCAGAAGGAGAAACUGGAGGAGAAGAUAAUGGAUCAGUACAAGUUCUAUGAGCCAUCUCCACCCCGAAGGAGGGGCAACUGGAUCACCCUGAAGAUGAGGAAGCUGAUCAAGUCCAAGAAGGACGGGAACCGGGAGCGGCUCAAGUCCGUGACCCUCACGCCCACGCGCUCGGAAUCCAGCGAGGGCUUCCUGCAGCUGCCCCACCAGGACAGCCAGGACAGCUCCUCGGUGGGCUCCAACUCCCUGGAGGAUGGGCAGACCCUGGGCACCAAAAAGAGUAGCAUGGGUGCACUGAAAAGACUGCCCUUUUUGAGGAACAGACCGAAGGAAAAAGACAAAAUGAAGGCCUUCUACCGUCGCUCCAUGUCCAUGAAUGACCUGGUGCAGUCCAUGGUCCUGGCAGGAGGACAAUGGACAGGUAGUUCUGAGCAUCUGGAGGGUCCCGAUGAUAUGUCCACGGGUAAAAGGAGGAAGGAAUUGGGAGCUAUGGCCUUCUCCACCACAGCCAUCAACUUUGCCACUGUCAACUCCUCCACAGGCUUCAGAUCCAAGCAGUUGCUAAAUAAUAAAGAUACUACAUCCUAUGAAGAUGUAAGUCCCCAAGGUAUUAGUGAUGAUUCUAGUACAGGAUCAAGAGUUCAUGGAGUGCAGGACUUUGUCUGUGCAGAUGCUCUUGCUCCUGCUGCUCGUGGCCUUCCAGCCCUGUGCCAGGUUCCCUGUCAGAUCUGUUUGCCCUUUUCCAAAGUGUCCUCUUGGACCGCCUGGAAAUUGCUCCGCUUUGUGAUGUCUUCCAGACCAGCCAGCCUUGAUAGUGGCAGGACAUCCACUAGCAAUAGCAAUAACAAUGCUUCACUCCAUGAAGUCAAAGCAGGUGCAGUGAACAGCCAGAGCCGGCCCCAGAGCCACAGCAGUGGGGAGUUCAGCCUCCUGCACGAGCACGAGGCCUGGUCCAGCAGCAGCAGCAGCCCCACCCAGUACCUGAAGGGUCCCACCCGCUCCAGCCCCGUGCCCCAGCUGAGAACUCCCGAGGCGCUGGAGAGCCGUGGAAAACCCCCCAAAACGGGCUCUCCCGGCAGCGAAGUGGUCACCCUGCAGCAGUUCCUGGAGGAGAGCAACAAGAGUAACUCCAGUGAGAUGAAAUCCGCGAGUGAGGAGAACCUUCUAGAUGAAGUGAUGAGGAGCCUGUCCGAGUCCGCGGAGCUGGCGGGGAGGGAGAGGCUCCGGAAGCAGCCGGGCGCCGGCUGUGGGAUCGUGAGAUCCUUGAGUGUCAAAACCACCGUGGAUUUCUCGGAUGGCCGAUCCCUGAAGCCGGAGCAGCUGGUGAGGCCCAGCCUCCGUAAGACUGACGAUCUCUACUUCAGCAGCUCCCCCAUCAAAUUCCCGCCCGGAGCCCAGGGCAAGGCCCGGGCGGUGAAGGACAAGCUCCAAGCGACUGUGUCCCAGCGCCAGUCCCGGGACUGCAAUCCCUACGCCACCUUACCUCGUGCCAGCAGCGUCAUCUCCACGGCGGAAGGGACCACCCGGAGGACGAGCAUCCAUGACUUUUUGUCCAAGGACAGUCGGCCGCCCGUGUCCGUGGAUCCGGUGGCGCCCGCGGCCGACAGGAGCGCUCCGCCCGGCUCCAGUGAGUACUCAGCACACGGGUUCUCCUCCCCCUGUGCCCACUGGGUGCCCUACAGAGCAGGGGGUGUCCCGCAGGGCGAGGCCACGCCGCGUAAUUUGGGAUGUAACUCCGAGGUGCCCAGGCCUUCCAGGCCGGAAAGGCCAAAUUGCGGGGAGAGGACUUUGCCAAGCGCGAGCGUGUUCUGGGAUAAAGUCAGUGGAUCUGGGCCUGGCAGCGCAGGAUCCUUUACUGUGCCCCAGCCAUUCUUAUCCCUGAACACGGAGCUAGUCAGUAAUAUCAGUGGAGUGCCCCAGAGACCCACCUCCCGAGCAGCUGAGCAGGCAAAUCUGUCGGCGUUUAGGUCAGUGCCCUGGAUCCAGGAACAGCCUCGUGCUGCUCAGAGCCCUGCCCAGGGCGAGCCACGGGCAGCCCAGCCCAGGGAGCCCGUCCCUGCCCCCGGCGCCAGCACCGGCGAGGCCGAGUGCCCGCUGCUGGUGUCGGAGGAUAACCAGACCCUGUGGUAUGAGUAUGGCUGUGUAUGAGGAGGAGGUUGUGUCGUUACACGUGUUCGAGUCUAACAUGCCAUAGGGCUGCUCUCCGUGCCCGCUGGAUCACAGAGAAAACUCCCCUCCAACGAACAGCCCCUCUCUGGUCGGUCCGUGGGUGGUUGUGUCCCGUGGCCGUGGACUGUGGCAUGUUGGAAUGUGGAACUGUAACCCCACCAAAGCCUGCAUGAGACCUUAAUUGCACUGUGUACAUCCUGCAUGCCUCCAUAAUGCUGUGUUGUUGUUUGUCACGCACCACAAACGUUGGGUGUUCUCCUCUUGGUCACUGCUGCAUGUCAAACCACACGCAUGCUGCGUCCCGGGAACGGCAUUCCUGGGAAAGGACGGUGCUGCCAGUUGUGCUCCAGCUCUCAGGGGUGUCGGGAACACGUGGAUCAUCUGCCUGGAGUAAAAAUGCUUUUUUUCCCCUUUGAGAAAUGAAAAGAAGCAUUUAGAGAUAUCUCAGUGUCUCCUUGCCCUUCUCAUUUAUGCCACGUCCUGGCAUAAAUGCACGAGGAACAAAUCACAGCCCGAUCAUUCAGUGCCUCCAGUUUGCACAAUAAAUACCAAUUACUGAGCAACAAACACACAGAGCAUUCAUAAUCCUGGACAGAAAUGAUAAUUCUUAUGAAGAGGUGAUAAAUAGUCACGUGAUACCCAGCACUUGUGAAAAAAUGGCCUUUUCCACCUUUUCCCUUUGGUCUGCUCUGCCUUUCCACGUCUGGGGUACAGCUGUGGGAAAGGGUUUGGUUUUAUCAGGAGUCAAAUAACAGACUCCUUGUGAUGCGUAGGAAUAAAAUCCUGUCUUGACUAUGGUGGAAAUCCAUUUUUAAUUCUCAACAGAAGUGACACCGACAUAGCAGAAAACAAGAUGGUGUAACAAAAUAACAGAAAAAAUGUUAAAUUAACACAGUUAAGGAAAAGAAAGAAUAACCAAGUUGCUUGCAGGGUUAGGGGAGGAUAGGAAUGCUUCAGGGAAUAACUCCUUAAAUCCCAGAUGAGCAGCUGAAGAGAAAUGUGGAAGUUAUUAAUGUACCACUGCCUCUGCAAGUGCUUGAAACUCCUCAGUGGCAAAUAUAAACAGUUUAAAAUUGUACCAGACUUAAGCAGUAACUACGUGAGGCUUCAGACACGAGCCCUUCUCUGCAAGAGGACGUGGUCAGGCCAGCUGUGGGAGCCAAAAUUACAUGCCUCACAAAAAACCUGAAUGGAAGUUAAAUAUUGAGAGUAACCAGCGUCACAUUCGGGUUUUUACACUGCCUUGAUCCUGCAGCAGCUUUGUGGCACUCACAGAACUGCUCUGUGGGCUGAGCUUUAAUUCCUUAGUGCUUGACUGGGAGGGGCAGGGAAUCCACAGUUCCCAGGGAAGAGCAGCAGAUAUUCCAUGUGGGAGAGUGGGAGGGCUCUGCUUUGUACAGGAGGGGGAGCCCUGCAUUUCCAGGUGGGGAAAAGGAGUGAGGGCAGGAUAUUGCCUGUUCCAAAGGCGUUCUGUGGGAUCAGUGUCCUGGUCUUGCCUCGUGGGAUUUGCCUUCACUCCCAUUAAUCUGUACAUGUGUUGGAAUUGUGCUGGAGAUGAGAAGUGCUGGUAUCCCAACGUGUGCCCCACACUUUUGAUAAGUUAUUUAAGGAAUUGCAGUCUCAGCUCUGAGAGCACUUCAUAUAAACUCACACUGUGCUGCCAGGAGCUGUUGUUUUCUUACCUGGGCCUUGCAGAGCUUCUGCUUGUUCUGGGCAGAACAAGGUCUGUAGGAGUGUCCUGGAGCACCAGUGUCUCGGAUCUCCAGGAGCUGGACACCAGCCUUGUCCAGCUCAAGCCACUGCUUUGCAUUGCUUCAUAAAUGUGUUGAUCAGCAGCAGUGGAAGUGUUCUGUGAUAGUGUUCAAUGCUCAGAAUAAUGACUUACAACAUUUGUGUUUUGGAUAUGAAAGACAGCCAAUGUUUUCAUGAACAGAAGGUGCAUUUUUUUUCUCUGCUUUUUGGUCUUUACACUUAAGCAGGAAGUUUGUGGAUGUCUCCCUUGGUUUAUGCUUAAACAGUGGAAAGGAUCUGUGGAAUUCCUCCCGUUCCCAAUCCCUGCUGCUCCUGAGCUGUGCACUUGGCUGGCUGUGACACACGUGGAUCCCUGGCCCGUUCCUUGGUCCCUGCUGCCUGGAGAUCUGCUCCGGGAGUUAGGAGUGCACGGCACUGAUUAAACCCGUGGCUGCUGGCCAGGGAGGUUGUGUUGUGCAGGCUCAGCAGUUUGCUCCCAGUGCAGCUUUGCCUGAUCUGUGCUGUGAGUGCCUGGGGAACUCAGAGCCUGCAUUUUGCAUGUCCAAGCUGUCGCAUGCCAAGAGCAUUUCCCGGUUUGCAGAGUGGAGCGGGAAUGUUUCCGUCGCCGCGCGGCAGGUCAGAACACAGCGAGGGGAGUUCUCUGCUAGGGUCAGUCAGCUGGGCUUGCAUCUCAUCACUGUUUUUGCUUCCCAUCCAUGCAAAGAUGUAGGGUUGGUGUGGCUAAAAGUGACCCCUAUCUGACUGUGCUUUGCAAGUAAUGCCUGUUCCAAAUGCUGAGGUGAAUGGCAGUGAGUGCAGCUGAGUAGGCACUUGCAGUGAGUUUCUUCUGUCCCUCUCCUCUGUCCUUUCCUCUUAAAAACAGCAAAGAAGUGUUUAUAUAUCCUUAUGCUCUCCUAAUGAGUAGAAUGUAUUUAAUGCAUGAGGGGUUUUUUCGUGUCCUGAUGAACACAAUGAAUAACCUGAAAUGCUUUUCU